AUGUCUCCAUCAUCCAACUAUCCUCUUUCGAUAUUGAACUUGUAUCCAAAGUUUGACACUUGUGAGAUUGAUUCUCUGAACCCAUCCAUGACUUGUGAUAACCAUGAUAACAAUAUUCACACGAACAACAAUUCUGCAACUACUACUCGACACUCUUUUCAACAACCAUUUUGUUCCGAUGUGAUUUUUGAAAUUCUAAAAUAUCUUAAUGGCUUGUAUAUCAUUCAAGUGUGUAUGAGAGUUUCAAGACAAUGGAGAGAACAGGUAUUGCACUUGAAUUUGACCUUGUCGAUACCUGUUGCCCUUCAUCGUCGCAGCCCUGAAUUUGUGACCUCCAUUGCAGCAUCUCCGAAUUUGGAGAAUGUCACUGUUCUUAAUUUGAGUUGUUGUGACAUCAACAAUGAAGAUGUAAAAGCUAUUGUUAACAGUAACUAUAUCAAAAAGUUAGAAAUCUUGAAGUUUAACAUGAACUCGAUCGGCAAUGAAGGUGUGAAAGCUAGUUCAAAUAGUGAAAAUAUGAAGAAUCUCAAAGAGUUGUCAUUGCUCAAAAAUUCCAUCGAUCAUGAAGGUGUCUUUCAAAUUGCCAACAGUGUAUAUUUGAAAAAUUUAUCUUCACUCGAUUUGCGUCACAACAAAAUAGGUAAUGAAGGUGUGAAAUCUAUUACCUGCUUGAAGAAUUUAUUACCUGCUUGA